AUGGGGAGGGGUGCUGUUGCUGCUUCGAGCAGCUUGCCGGGAGGGUUAGGGCUUGAUAAUGCGGCGGUUAAAUCAGCUGCGAGCAGUGUUCCGGCGAGUGGAUUGACUACGGUCUCGGUUGUUAACAAUUUGCCUAUUGGUAUUUCUGAAAAGGGUGGUGGGGUGGCGGUGGAAAUGCAAAAUGAUCUAUCUACACGUUCCAAGUCAUUGAAAGAGAAAACUACUAAAGCAGAGAGGCGUGCACUUCAAGAAGCUCAACGAGCUGCGAAAGCUGCUACCAAAGCUGAAGGUGGUAAGACACCUGCUGCUGCUUCUGGGGCUGUAGCUUCUGUGAAUGCGAAGUCAGGUAAAUCUGUGAAGCCACCUCCUUCACAGAAGAUGGAUAGUGCUACGGUUGCAGCUUCAGAGAAGAAGGGAGGUGAUAGGCCACCAGAAAAGGAUAGAAAGAAGGAAGUUCCUCAACCACGUAUGCAAUAUGAUGACAAGAGUCGGGUGGAAAAGGCAAAGAGGCGUGCGGUUGUAAAGCAAAGAGAUGCUAGGAAUAGAGUUGAGUUGUUCAGGCAUUUGCCUCAAUAUGAACGUGGAAAUCAGCUUUCUGAACUUGAGUCUAAGUUCUUUGAGCUUGAUCCAAUGCACCCAGCUGUCUACAAGGUUGGAUUACAGUAUUUGUCAGGAGACAUAUGUGGUGGCAAUGCUCGUUGCAUUGCAAUGCUUCAAGCAUUCCAAGAGGCCAUUAAAGACUACUCAACCCCUCCUGAAAAAACUCUUGCUCGAGACUUGACAGCAAAAAUCGGCAGUUACGUUUCUUUCCUUAUUGAGUGCCGCCCCUUUCAAUCAGCAUGGGGAAUGCAAUCAGACAAGGUGAUAGUCAAACAUGCUGUUACAAAGAUCAGUGAUGGCGAUGUUCUACUUACAUAUGGAUCGUCUUCUGCAGUUGAAAUGGUACUAUUGCAUGCUCAUGAACUUGGCAAACAGUUCCGUGUUGUGGUAGUGGAUUCUCGUCCAAAGCUUGAAGGGCAACUAUUGCUUCGUAGGUUGGUUGGAAAGGGAAUCAACUGUACAUACACUCACGUAAAUGCCAUUUCUUAUAUCAUGCAUGAAGUUACUAGAGUUUUUCUGGGUGCUUCGUCAGUGCUGUCCAACGGAACAGUUUACUCGAGAGUUGGGUCUGCUUGUGUUGCUAUGGUUGCUCAUGCAUUUCGUGUACCAGUCUUGGUUUGUUGUGAAGCAUAUAAAUUUCAUGAAAGGGUACAGCUUGACUCAAUAUGCUCUAAUGAGCUGGGUGAUCCAGAGGUGAUUUCAAAAGUUCGUGGGAGAGAGGAUAUCAACUUUCUUGAUGGAUCUGCCAAUAGUGAAAAUCUCCAGCUUCUGAAUUUGAUAUAUGAUGCAACACCUUCAGAUUACGUUUCAAUGAUAAUCACGGAUUAUGGCAUGGUUCCACCCACGAGUGUGCCUGUCAUAGUGCGAGAAUAUCGAAGAGAACACUUGUGGAUAUAG